UAUCUUAAAUUUCUGGAUCAGCUUUCAGAGAAAAUGAAGUUGGACCAGAUGGCUGCUGAACUUGGCUUUGACAUGCGUCUGGAUGUAGUUUUAGCUCGCACAGAGCAGCUGGUCCGCCUCGAGAGCAAUGCAGUCAUUGAAAACAAGACGAUUGCCCACAAUUUACAGAGAAAGCUAAAGACUCAGAAGGAAAGACUGGAAAGCAAAGAGCUGCACAUGAACCUCCUCCGGCAGAAAAUAGCCCACCUGGAGCAGGAGAAACAGGUGCGCUCAGCUGUGAUGGUGGAGCGGGAUGAGGCCAAUGUCACCAUCAGGAAGCUGCAGAAGAAGGUGGAGAGGCUGCAGAAAGAGCUGAGUGUGUGUCGAGAGCUGAACACCGAGCUCAAAGCCAAACUGGCUGACACCAACGAACUUAAGAUUAAAACUUUGGAACAGACCAAAGCCAUUGAAGACCUAAAUAAAUCCAGAGACAAACUGGAAAAAAUGAAGGAGAAAGCUGAGAAAAAGCUGCUGUCUGUCAAAUCAGAACUGGAGACUACAGAGCAUGAGGCUAAGGAGAAUAAAGAGAGGGCCAGGAACAUGCUAGAAGUUGUAACCAGUGAAAUGAAGACACUAAAAAAAUCUCUGGAAGAAGCAGAAAAGAGAGAAAGGCAGCUGGUGGACUUCAGGGAGGUGGUUUCUCAGAUGCUGGGCUUGAACAUGAUGAGUCUUGCUCUUCCUGACUAUGAAAUCAUCAAAUGUCUGGAAAGACUGAUCCAUGCACACCAGCAUCACUUUGUCACCUGUGCCUGCCUCAAAGAUGUGACUGCAAAGCAAGAUAGGCCCCCACAGGGCCACUUACAACUUCCUCACUGA